UUUCUCUGGCUCGAUCAGCUGAUGACGUAACAUACGACGAGCGUUCUCGCGAGAAAUUUCAGAGGUAUCUUGUGUACUCGUGUCGGUUUUCCCGUGCGUACGAGGUCGUCGAGAUACGGUGUGGAGGUGGUCAGUUGUAGCUCGUCUCAUCACCGGUCCUUCGUCUGUAGCCUCGCUCGGCCGUACAUUAAAACCGGCUCGUUAUCACGCGCUCGUGUCGUUCACUUGCUCAUUCGUCCGUUCAUUCAUUCAUUCAUUCGUAACACUACGACUGCGUUGUCACAUUGGUGAAACGUGUGCGUACGCGCCGCGACAAGCAGCGCACGGACUGCUGACUUUAUUCCCGGCAGGGACGUCAAGAGGAACAACGAAAGUGGUGUAGACAGACAAAGAAGGACGGAUCUGACCGUAUCGAGAUGAGUGUGGACGCGUACGGGCCUAGUAGCCAGACCCUAACGUUCCUCGAUACCGAGGAGGCAGAUCUGAUCGGUGCAGAUACUCAGGGCAGCGAAUUCGACUUCACGGACUUCACUCUACCAUCACCGAGCCAGACUCAGGCCUCGCAGCACGACGCGACACAGACGCAAUCGAGUCAGCCUGUGCAGGUGAAUGGAACAAGUGGUAGUUCAUCAUUGGAUUUGAAAAUUACUGGAGCAGCUCAGAGUCUUGCAGAAUUACAAUUUGAAGAGGAAGAAGAAGAGGCUUACUAUAAUCGUGAUUUGCCUGAACAUGCCUGUAAAUACUGUGGCAUCCAUGAAGCUUCCUGUGUGGUCAUGUGCAACAUCUGCCGCAAAUGGUUUUGCAAUGGACGUGGUAAUACUUCAGGAUCACACAUUAUCAAUCAUCUUGUGCGUGCUAAGCAUAAGGAAGUCACUUUACACAGAGAUGGUCCUCUUGGAGAAACAGUGUUGGAAUGUUAUAACUGUGCUACAAGAAAUGUUUUUGUAUUGGGUUUUAUUCCUGCCAAAGCUGAUUCUGUAGUCGUGUUACUUUGUCGACAGCCAUGCGCAGCACAGAGUUCCCUGAAAGAUAUGAAUUGGGAUCAGGAGCAAUGGAAACCUUUAAUUGAAGAUCGUAGUUUUUUAUGCUGGCUGGUGAAAAUACCGUCCGAACAGGAGCAGCUGAGAGCCAGACAAAUCUCCGCACAGCAGAUUAACAAAUUAGAGGAGUUAUGGCGGGACAAUGUAGACGCAACUUUCCAAGAUCUAGAAAAACCUGGCGUGGACGAGGAGCCGCAGCAGGUUUUAUUGCGUUAUGAAGACGGAUAUCAAUAUCAGAAUAUUUUUGGUCCACUUGUAAAAUUAGAGGCUGAUUAUGACAAACGGCUGAAAGAAUCUCAGACCCAAGAGAAUAUCGAGGUACGAUGGGAUGUUGGAUUAAAUAAAAAGACCAUCGCGUAUUUUAUGCUCGCUAAAACAGAUGGCGAUAUGAAAUUGAUGCACGGUGAUGAGUUGAGACUUCGUUACCUUGGGGAACUUCAUAAACCUUGGUCCGGAAUCGGACACGUGAUUAAAAUCCCCGACAAUUACGGUGAAGAAGUUGGGAUUGAACUUAAAAACAAUUCUGGAGCGCCGACAGAAUGUAACAGUAACUUUGUUGUUGAUUUCAUCUGGAAGAGUACAAGUUUUGAUCGAAUGCAAUCAGCGUUGCGCAAGUUUGCUGUGGAUGACGCAUCCGUAUCGGCUUAUAUAUAUCAUCGGCUAUUGGGUCACGAAGUGGAAGAAGUUUUGUUUCGCUGUCAUCUCCCUAAACAUUUUAGCGCUCCGAAUCUGCCCGACUUAAACAGAUCUCAGGUGUACGCCGUAAAGCACGCAGUGCAACGACCUUUGUCCUUGAUCCAAGGACCACCUGGCACCGGCAAGACCGUAACGAGCGCUACCAUAGUUUACCAAUUAGUAAAGCAGAACGGUGGUCCAGUUCUUGUAUGCGCACCCUCUAACACCGCGGUCGACCAAUUGACCGAGAAAAUACACAAGUCGAAUCUGAAGGUUGUACGAUUGUGUGCGAAAUCGCGAGAAGCUAUUGAUUCGCCAGUCAGUUUCCUCGCGCUGCACAAUCAAAUCAAGAAUAUGGAAACUAAUACCGAACUGCAGAAGUUGCAACAGCUGAAAGAUGAAACGGGCGAGUUGUCAAGCGUCGACGAGAAACGCUAUAGACUUUUGAAGAAAGCGGCAGAAAAGGAACUUCUGGAGGCGGCCGACGUAAUCUGCUGUACGUGUGUCGGCGCCGGAGACCCGAGAUUACACAGAUUAAAGUUCCAUUCGAUCCUCAUCGAUGAAAGCAUGCAGGCCACCGAGCCGGAGUGCAUGGUACCAGUCGUUCUAGGAGCCAAGCAAUUGAUACUCGUCGGAGAUCACUGUCAAUUGGGUCCAGUAGUAAUGUGCAAAAAAGCCGCUAGAGCGGGUUUGUCACAGUCGCUGUUCGAGAGAUUGGUUGUGCUUGGAAUCAGGCCUUUCCGACUAGAAGUGCAGUACCGUAUGCAUCCUGAUCUCUCGCGAUUCCCAUCCAAUUUCUUUUACGAAGGCUCCUUGCAGAAUGGCGUAUGCGCCGAUGAAAGAAAGUUAUUGAAGAUCGACUUCCCUUGGCCCGUGCAAGACAAACCAAUGUUCUUCUAUGUUACUCAAGGUCAAGAGGAGAUAGCAGGUAGUGGCACGUCUUACUUGAAUCGCACCGAGGCGUCCAACGUGGAGAAAAUAACCACCCGAUUCCUACGUUGCGGUGUAAAACCUGAGCAGAUCGGAGUUAUCACUCCGUACGAAGGUCAACGAGCUUUCCUGGUGCAGCACAUGCAGUACCAAGGCUCUUUGCAUUCGAAACUGUAUCAAGAGAUCGAAGUAGCGAGCGUGGAUGCUUUUCAAGGACGUGAAAAGGAUAUCAUCAUAAUGUCUUGCGUGCGAUCCAACGAGCAUCAAGGCAUCGGAUUUUUGAACGACCCUAGGAGAUUGAACGUAGCACUGACUCGCGCGAAAUAUGGUAUCAUCAUCGUUGGCAACCCUAAAGUGCUUUCAAAGCAAGCACUCUGGAACCACUUGCUUAAUUUCUAUAAAGAGCAAAAGGUAUUAGUCGAGGGUCCGUUGAACAAUCUGAAGGAAUCAAUGAUCCAGUUCGCCAAACCGAAGAAACUCGUGAACGCGGCCAAUCCGGGCUCUCACUUUAUGUCCACGUCCAUGUAUGAUGCGCGAGAAGCGUUGAUCCCUGGCUCCGUAUAUGAUCGCUCAGGCAGCGGUCAGGUGAACGGUGCGCAGAAUCACAACCCAUACUACCAGAGAAAUGUGCCACUCGACAUCUUCAGCAGGACUCACGACACCAUCAGCUACAUCAGUCCGGAAAGAGCGCAAGCAGCAAUGAAUAAUGUACCUGUGCCGGUGGGUAUGUUCAUGAACAUGGCACAUGUGCCGCCACGUUUUUAUAAUCAGCAUCAGCAGGCCGUACAGGCGCGGCAAAAUCAACGUAACCGUCGCGGCGUCACCAGUACCACCAGGAACAAAUCGGGUCCACGUAUGGGCAAGCUGAGUCAAACCGAACAGAAUACACAACCGUAUAGCCAACCAGGUCUGCCGCUUACCCAGGGUACGACGCAGGGCAUGUCGCAACCAGGUUUCAGUCUUUCGCAGCCUGGUCUGAGUCAAGCAGAACUCUCACAGGAUUCGUUUGCCGUGGGUGAGUUCCAAUCGCAGAUGGAUGGUCUGCUGUCGCAGGACUCGACUUAUCAAGGCGACCGUAGCGGUUUCUACCAAUCCGGACAGUCGCAGGCCGGGGGACAGUUCUCCCAGCCUUAUUGAGCCGAGACUGUACGGCUGAGCAACGCAAUUGCCAUGCAGCGUCGCGGGAGCGACUGAGGGCUCGUUCGACCAAUUCUUCUUCGACCAACAACUACAAAUCACUAACUGCGCAAAACGGUAAAACGGCUCGGCGAUCGAGUACGGUAUAUGCAAUACAUUGCAGUCGUCGGCGUGAGAUAAAAGGGGGACGAAAGAGGAGAACGAUGGAUUCCGUAAUAAGGACCAAUUCGCCGUUCGAGGACAUUCCAUCGUGAACGGCGCAGAUGGCAAGGUUCGCCCAUCUGUACUGGCUGUAACGGGUGCAACUACUAAGGACUGGACGAAGACGUCACACACAACUCAUACGCGCACGCGAUACACGUACACGUACAUGACACACAGAGAGGCGGAAAGACGACAAACAACUACCACCAAUCACUGUGACCACGCGCUUACCGUGAACGGACCGUUUUAUCGCGGGGAUCGAGUGACGCUAGAGUUAAAAAGAAAAAAAGAAAAGAUAAAAAUACUUAAAAAAGCGUUGAAAAAUCAAGAAAAAAAAAUGAGACGUGUAACGCGCUUCAUGACUCGACCGAAUUCGACAAAGUGUGCCAACGUAGCAUCAGUAAUGACGACAUAAUACAUAUCGGACAUAUCUACGAUACGAAAGACACUCGUGGAAGAUCUUUACAGCGGUCUAUGAGCUACGGAAGAUCGGGCCACGAUAGCAUCAGAACUACGUGCUCCUCCCACUUCGCCAACGGCGUUAACAAAUAGGAACGAAACGAGAAAAAAAGGAAACAAGCUAAAUGUAAUAUUUGGUUGUCUGCAAACCGAGGCGAACAAGUCCCUCGAUAACACGUGAUUCCUCUCUCUCUCUCUCUUAAUCCGGAUUACCAUCUAGAGUUGAGAGCCAAACUAAAGGUACCAUCACCGUACUACGAACUUGCCGCUUGAAUACGUGGGCGCACGUCGCACGGAGGGUCGAUAUCAAAUUCUCCGACGGAACAUUGUCGAAGAAAGCCAACCGUCGUCAGACAGUAUGAGGCCAAUACUUCAGCAUCAUCGCGAAGGAUGGACAUCCUUCGUCGGAGGGCUGGCCGGCGUGCUCGGCCGGCCGCGUAAAAUUUAAUUAUAUUGAUCAUGUUUAUUAUUGUUAGAUUUCUUUUAUGUUACAUCUACUGCUUAUUUACCGCAGAGGUCGGCAGGGCGUAAGAAAAGAAAAGAAAUUAUUUUCUUCCAGUAGAGACAUUUUUACGAGAGCUGUAGCAGGCUCGAUGUUCUUAAGAAAGAUGCUACGGAAAUUGUUCCAGGACGUAUUAUUCAAAGAAUAUCGUUCUUUUGUAUAUGUAAGAUGAUUAAAUUCGAAAAUGAAAAUUUUACAUUUAUGCUUUUUUUGGAUAUAGUGGAUAUGACAAAUCACAUGUGACUAGAUCAUUGCGUGUAUUUUUUCCCACCUGUAUUUCUUUUUUUUCCGGAUAAUGCUAUUAUCCGUAACGGCAAUAUUAUGCGGGUUGCAUUCGUGAAUAACGAUUUUAUAUACAUAUGCAAAUAUGAAUUAAGCAUGUGCGAAGUUUAGAAGAUAUGCGCUAAUAGAUUUUCUGUGAAACAAGUAUGUAUUUCUCGGCGUAAAAAUAUUGGGAUAUAUGUAAAAUAUAAUCUAUAUACGCAUUCGCGCGCACACACGUGCAAAGUCGUUAUUCACGGAUACGCUCAGUCUAUUAUUGGAGUAAAAAAGACAACUGAUUUGCAUUAGCAAAUAUUUUAAUCGUCGCAUCAACUAAAUCAAAUAUUCUUUAUAGGUAUUUUUAUUAGUAAAUUUUUCUGUUUUUUUUUUCUUGUGUUUCUGCUUACUAAUUCUACGCUCUGUACUGACUUCUGUGGCGGUGAUAAUCGAUUAAUUAUAUAUCGUAAUAAAUUAAGAAAAAGUAACUUGCGUUAUGCAAUACUAAAUUACUUUAUUUUUUCUCUUCGACCAACAGCGCACCGCUAACUGCAGAUUAUAAUAAUAAAAUUUAUUGUGAGGUCUCUCUCUCUUAUGGAAAAAUAAAUUUGAUUUGAAAACGAAA